AUGUUUCAAGGGCAGCGCGCUUGGUUCUGCCGCAGCGUCAGCCAGGACCUGAGGCAGUUCUGGGUGGCCGAGGGAGGGACAAUCAGCGACGCUCAGGCGGCCAACUUCUUAUUCAGCUGCGAUGCCUCGCACCCAGACACGCUGAGAAUUUAUAAGAGCCUUGAUUACAUAGAAGAUAAUGCUACGGUUUUUCAUGCCUGCUAUCUCUCUGCAGUAGCCAGUGCUGAAAUUAAAAGCUCAGUGCCUUUAGGUCAUUUCAUGCUUCCUCCUGCAUGCCUGCAAAAAGAAAUAAGAAGAAAAAUUGGUAGUUUUAUUUGGGAACAAGACCAACAUUUUCUGACAGAAAAGCAUGAUGAAGUAACAUCAAAAGAAAUAAAAUGUCUUAGUGAAAGCAGUGGACUAGCAACAGAGGACAAAAAAGAAUUGUCCAAGAGCACAGAAGAGGAUUUUACAAGGACUCCAGUUGUAGAAAAGCAGAUAUACUUCCCUCUUCAAAAUUAUCCAGUAAACAACAUGGUAACAGGUUAUAUAUCAAUUGAUGCCAUGAAGAAAUUUCUUGGGGAGAUACAUGACUUCAUUCCUGGAAGCUCAGGAUAUUUGGCAUACCAUGUUCAAAAUGAAAUUAACAUGUCUGCUAUAAAAAACAAAUUGAAGAAGAAAUAUUCACUAAUCUGA